UUCAUUGUGUUUGCCACGUUACAUGUCCUUUCAAGUUUAAUUUAAUGGACUGUAAAGCACAUAUUAUAUUCGCAGACUGAACAUAACGUGAGACAAUUGACAGAACACUUGUCCGGAACAGUGCGGUGCUCGUAAGAGUGACAGCUUUUUGCGAGCACAUUUCAAUUCGAGUAUUAACAAUUUUUAAUAGUACAUGUGUUAUCAUAGUUCUAAGGAAAUUUAUAGUAAAUAAGCCACGUGUCGAAUGCGAUAACGACAUUUCUCUGCCAAAAUAUAGAAAUUUCAUCGACCACAACAUCCACAGUCAAGUAAGACUUGACUGGUAACAAAAACAACUUUGAAGUCAUGGCGUCUCAACAAAGUCAAUCCCAUGGUCACACAUCUGCUCGCUUUGAUAACAUCGUAAAGUCACCUAAUGAUACCAGAACAUAUCGGGGUUUGAUAUUAAAUAACAAGAUGAAAGUAUUACUCAUCAGUGAUUCAAAAACUGACAAAAGUGCUGCGGCUCUUAAUGUUAAUAUUGGAUACUUGAGCGAUCCACCAAAUCUGCCAGGACUUGCACACUUUUGUGAACAUAUGCUUUUUUUGGGAACAAAGAAGUAUCCUGAAGAAAAUGAGUACUCUGCUUAUUUAUCACAAAACGGUGGUCACAGUAAUGCUGUAACAGAUGCUGAUCAUGCUACUUAUGAAUUUGAUGUUAGUCCGGACAAACUGCAGGAAGCCUUAGAUCGAUUUUCUCAGUUUUUUAUAGAACCCCUCUUCUCAGAAGCAAUGACAGAGCGUGAAAUGUGCGCUAUUAAUUCUGAACACGAAAAAAAUAUCUCCAAUGAUAUAUGGAGAUUAGAUCAACUUGAAAAGUCAACAGCUAAGACAGGCCAUGUUUAUUCUAAAUUUGGUACGGGUAAUCGGGAAACAUUGUCAAUUAUACCUCAACAACAAGGUGUAGAUGUCCGGAAAGAAUUAUUCAACUUUUAUGAAACCUGGUACUCUGCCAAUAUUAUGGCACUUAGUGUACUUGGUAAAGAAUCAUUGGAUGAAUUAGAGACUAUGGUAUCAAAUUUGUUUUCUAAAGUGAAGAACAAAGAUGUGGAGGCACCCAUAUGGAAAGAACACCCUUUUGAUGACAACAGCUUCCAAUCUAAGUGGUACAUGGUACCAGUAAAGAAUAUUCGAAAAUUGAACAUCUUCUUUCCUUUACCUUACUUGCACGAGUAUUAUAAAUCAUUACCAGAAAAUUAUAUUUCACAUCUAAUAGGACAUGAAGGUAAAGGUUCUCUUCUAUCUUGUUUGAAAGCAAAAGGCUGGUGUAAUACAUUAGCUGCUGGUAAACGAUCGCCAGCUAAGGAAAUCUAUUUCUUUGGUGUCUAUAUUGAUUUAACCGAAGAAGGAAUGAAUCAUAUUGAUGACAUUAUUGCACUUAUCUUUCAAUAUAUCAACGUGAUGAAACAAGAAGGGCCUCUCCAAUGGAUAUUCAAUGAAUUUAGAGAUAUUGCGGCGAUGAAUUUCCGAUUUAAAGAGAAAUUAAGUGCUCGCAGCUAUGUUAAUUCAACAGUAUUGACCCUGCAACAUUACCCGAUAGAGGAAGUUCUGGUUGCUCAACGUCUUUUUUUCGAGUGGAGACCCGACCUCAUUGAUUGCUUAAUGGAAUCCUUAACUCCAGACAAAAUCAGAGUCUACGUAAUAGCUCAGCAAUAUGAAAAUAUUGCUAUUGAAAGUGAAUCAUGGUAUGGAACAAAAUACACAAAAGAAAAAGUAACUACUGAUAUACUUAACAAAUGGAAAAAUGCUGGAAUUAACAAUGAGCUUCAAUUGCCAGCCAAAAAUGAAUUUAUACCAACAAAGUUUGAUAUAAAACCACAUGAUUCUGUGGAUAAAUUUCCUGUUAUCAUAGAGGAUACACCAUUGUUUCGUGUAUGGUUCAAACAGGAUGACGAAUUUCUCGUGCCGAAAGCUACCUUAACAUUUAAUUUUGUCAGCCCUUUAGUAUACAUCGAUCCACAUAGCUACAAUCAUACUUACAUGUUCGUCCAAUUGCUUCGUGAUUCACUCAAUGAAUACGCUUACAAUGCGGAAUUAGCAGGACUUAAAUGGGAAAUUACUCUUAAUAGAAAUGGAUUCGCUUUUGGAGUUGGAGGUUAUAAUGACAAGCAGAAUGUUCUGUUAGAAAAAAUCAUGAAUAUUAUAACUCACUUGGAAAUAGAUCCAAAAAGAUUCAACAUUUUGAAAGAAAAUUACAUCAGAGCACUGAAAAAUUUCGAAGCAGAGCAACCAUAUCAGCACUCAUUGUAUUAUAUGAUUUAUUUAUUAAAUGGUCAAGCUUGGGGGAGAGAGAAAUUAUUGGAUGCUUGUUCUCAAUUAACUGUUGAACGAACCGAGCAAUUUAUUUCACAAUUUCUGGGUUAUAUUCAUAUUGAGUGCUUGUUACAUGGUAACAUAACGAAACGUGAAGCUCUAGAAGUUGUUAAACUUGUUGAAACGAAAUUGACCAGUUCGGUAUCUUUCAUGAAGCCUGUGUUAUCGGAACAAUUGUUACCUUGGCGUGAAGUGAAAUUAGAUGACGGAUGCCACUUUCUAUACGAGACUACAAAUCAUCUGCACAAAUGCUCUUGUACACUAACAUAUUAUCAAAGUGGUUUACAAUCAACGAAAUCAAAUAUGCUCUUAGAGCUUCUUGUACAGAUUAUAAAGGAACCUUGUUUCAAUACUUUGCGAACGCAAGAGCAACUUGGGUACAUUGUUUCUUGCAGUAUUCAGAGGUCUAAUGGUGUUCAGGGAUUAAAGAUAAUAGUUCAAAGCGAUAGUCACCCACAGUAUGUGGAAGAAAGGAUUGAUGCAUUUACAGAAUCCAUGCUAAAAUAUAUAACUAACAUGUCGGAGGAAGAAUUUAAUAAGCACAAGGAGUCACUAGCGACUAUACGUCUAGAGAAACCCAAAAUGAUGAGCGUAUUGUCCGCUAUCUUUUGGUCGGAAAUCUAUACUCAGGAAUACAAUUUCGAUAAAGCAAAUAUCGAAGUAGCGUACUUGCGGACGAUAAGUCACGCGCAAAUCGUCGAAUUCAUGAAGGAUGUUGUGUACGAUAAAUCUCCAAUGAAACGUAAAAUGUCGGUCCAUGUAAUAUCUAUGGCAGAAGGCGGUGCCGGAUUGGCAAAGAAGCCCGAAUCUGCCAGUAAACAGUCAAAGAUCGAAGACAUGGUAGCAUUUAAAGCUAGCCAAUCGUUCUAUCCCCUACUGAAACCAUUUAACAAUAUUCCUAGGAAAGGACGAUCGAAGCUCUAAAAUGCGUCUACCGUUAACUUAUCCGUAGUCUUGAAUGGAGUACGUAAUUUUCGGAAAUAUAUUUAAGUUUCGCCAUUGUGACGAAUGAAGUCAAUAAUUAUAUUUGCAAUAUUCAUGUACUAAAUCUACCAUGAAUAAGCUAAAUAUCGUCUUCAGGAUAUUGCAUUAUUCUAUGACUUGACUCAAGUCAUCUCAUUCCAGGCGUUUUGGCACUUUAGAGAAAUUGUUUUUAAAAUUGCCACAAUUUAUUUCUGACUAGUAAAAGCGGUCAACUGUUAUCGUUAUAGUAGUGAAAUGCAGACGAUCGACAUAACUGAUUCUGCAAAUCCAACCGUGUCAUUUAAUACAGAUUGUGAAGAUAAUUGUUAUAUAAUUAAUGCACAUUUCUGCGUAUUGAGCAAGAAUCAUUAACGUAGAGUGUAACAAUUGUAAAUCUUACAGCAUACAACAUGUGCAGUCUGAAAUGGAUUGUACAGUCACAGUAAUUAUACAGCUUUUCAUAUGAAUAAAUACAAUUUUUAUACAA